AGUCUCCCCCAGCAUUGGUCCUCCAGGCUUAAGGGAAUCUCUGGCUAGUGAGCCAGUGUCAGACCAUAGCAGGAGGCUGAGCUCCUGGGAGCUGACUGGGCUUUGCUUACCCUGUCCAGUGUCCUCCCUCAGACACGGAUCUCUUCUGGGAGCUGAACACUGACAGAGAGUUGGGCUCCAGCAAGACCAAGGGGCUGUGUGAAAGGGUGAUCAGCUUCACCUGUUCCUCCUCCUACCUGGGAAGGCUCAGCAAGAAGAGGGGCUGCAUUCAAUUCUCCCUUCAAGACUUCUCGCCCCUUCUGCUGAGCAGAAAUGGGGGACUGGAGUUUCCUGGGAGAGUUCCUGGAGGAGGUCCACAAGCACUCCACAGUGGUGGGGAAAGUCUGGUUGACUGUGCUCUUCAUCUUCCGGAUGCUGGUGCUGGGUACAGCAGCCGAGUCCUCCUGGGGGGAUGAGCAGUCUGACUUCAUGUGUGACACCCAGCAGCCUGGCUGUGAGAACGUCUGCUACGACAAGGCCUUCCCCAUCUCCCACGUCCGGUUUUGGGUCCUCCAGAUCAUCUUUGUCUCCACCCCCUCCCUGGUGUACAUGGGCCACGCGAUGCACACGGUGCGCAUGGAGGAGAAGCGGAAGAUGAAGGAGGCAGAAGCAGAGGCCCAGGAGAUGAAGAACAACGGUGACACAUACUACCAGCAGAAGUGCCCUGCGGCAGAGAAGGCCGAGCUGUCUUGCUGGGAUGAAUCAGGAGGCAAAAUCAUUCUUAGGGGCAGCCUUUUGAUUCGCACUGCCAUGGAAGUGGCCUUCAUCGUGGGGCAGUACGUCUUGUACGGGAUCUUCCUGGAGACCCUGUAUAUCUGCCAGCGGGCACCUUGCCCCCACCCUGUCAACUGCUACGUUUCCCGUCCCACGGAGAAGAACGUGUUCAUUGUCUUCAUGCUGGCUGUGGCAGUGCUCUCCCUCUUCCUCAGUCUGGCUGAGCUGUACCACUUGGGCUGGAAGAAAGCCAAAGAGAGGUGCUCCCGCUCUUACAAACCCAGCCCCAACACAGCCUCUGGCAGACUGGAGUCUGCCCCACAAGCAGAAAGGGCCCAGAUGUACACUCCUCCACCAGAUUUUAACCAGUGCUUGUCAAGUCCCAAUGGGAAAUUCAUUAGCCCCUUCAGCAACAAGAUGGCCUCCCAGCAGAACACCGCCAAUUUUGCCACUGAGAGGGUUCACGGCCAGGAGGAUGCUGCUGGGGAAGGGCCCUUCCUUAAGUCCAGCUACGUGGAGAGCCCAGAGGUGGCCAAUGAAUGUGCAGCACCCGCCUUCCCCGAGAGCUACUUCAAUGAGAAGCGCCGGCUCAGCAAGGCCAGCCGUGCCAGCAGCAAGGCCAGGUCGGAUGAUUUGUCUGUGUGA